CACUCCGAUCAUCUCAUACAGCAUCUUGCCUCGUUUGCGCCGUGGUGUUGCUGCCGUCGUGCCUUCCGUCGCGAAAAGUGUUCGAAUGCGGCCAACCUUUCCGCAAUCGCGGAGGAGCUCCACCAACGUCUUGGCGCGUGCUAUCACCUCUCCAGCGCCCGCAACUUGAAGCUUCACAACUCACACACAAUCUGCUGAAAUGGCUGCCCGGACUUCAAUCGCACGCGCUGCGCGCCAAUUCACCUCCGCCGCCGCGAGGAGGCCGUCACCUUUCGUCUGCCAGAGGUGGCAGCAGGCGACUCAGAAGCAACGGUUAUUCUCGGUAUCCGCCGCACUGAAGGAGAAGAAGUACACCGAGGACCAUGAGUGGAUUGAGAUGUCUGCGGACGGCAAGACAUGCACCCUAGGUAUCUCCGAAUACGCUGCAAAGGCCCUCGGCGACGUCGUCUACAUCGAGCUGCCCCAGAUCGAAAUGGAUGUUAGUGAAGGCGACGCCAUUGGUGCUGUCGAGUCCGUCAAGUCUGCAUCAGACAUCCUCACACCCAUCUCUGGUACCGUCGCGGAAGUCAACUCAGCGCUAGAGCAGACGCCGGGCAACGUCAACAAGGACCCCGAAGGCGAGGCGUGGAUCGCCAAGAUCACUGUAUCUGGAGAGCCAAGCGGCAAGACCAUGACCAAGGAGGAGUAUGCCGAGUUCACUGAAGAGUAGACGUUCGGAAAAGAGUUUGAGGGAGGAAGAAUGUAUGGACACAGGCACCUAGGCGCAUACUUCAACAUGAAAUGCGAAACUUCAGCCAAAAUUUCACUUUGCCGUGCACCUGCCAUCGAAUUCGACACACUUGCGAGAGAGACUACAGAGUGUUGACGAACAUACAGCAUCGCAUUAACGUUGCAGAGCUUUCGCACAUUUCUAUUCUCAACAGUCUUCCCCUUCCUAAGCCACUUCCGACUCCAAAAUCCUUUCCACAGCUUCAGUCAUCAUCUCCGAAACCCCCAAACGCAGACCAC